AGCGACCUCGCCGCCUCGGCGGCGGGAGGCUCGCACACAGCCCAGCUCCACUCGGUGCAGGGGAGGUUUCGGUAAACUGCUGCUCUCUCUCUUCUUCCCAGCCGGCUGCAAAUCGCUGAACCAGCAGCUGACAAGCCGCCGUCCCGCCCGUGAAUCUCAGCUCGGCUGGCGGCUCCGUGGCGAGAGGACGAGACUCUUCUUAAUUGGGGUUUUUAUGGCUUUUUAGGACUGGGGAAGGCGUGGGACAGCUGCAGAAACUCCAGGAAGCCCCUGGUCACCUCUGGAGAUGACAACGGUCACCAUGAAAGGCUGGAUCCUCCUCCUCCUCCUCCUCCUCUUGGGAGCCACAUCCAUUUUAGGACAAAGGAUUCUGAAACCAGCCCUCAGCAGGGUCCAGAUAGGACAGAAAACCUUCCGCCCGCUGGUAAUGCUCAGCUUAGAGAGUACGAGGAGCAGCUCUCGCCGGGGAGACCCAUCCUUCACCUACGUCAGACGCAGUCCACUGGUGCAAGAUUCAAAAAGGUUUUUGUCUCCAUGGUCGAAAUGGAGCGAGUGCUCAGCAAAGUGUGGCCAAACCGGGGUGCAGAAGCGUACCAGAUCCUGCCUAGCUGAGCGCUUCUGGGGCGUGCACUGUAAUGAAGCAACUGAGGAAGGGCGGCUCUGCAUUGGACAUGUUUGCUCAGCCUGUAACAUCACCUGCCCCAUGGGCCGUGUCAACGCCGACUGUGACACCUGCAUGUGUGAGGAUGCAACCCUGCACGGGAAGGUGUCUCUUGAGGACGGGUCACCUGCUGCCGAUGCCCGAGUCUACCUGCAAGCCAAGAAACUCAAGCUGUUGACAACGGCUGAUAACAGAGGCAUGUUUAGGAUCCCGGGGGUUUGUCCUGAUGGGAAAAACACCCUUAAAAUAAAGAAAGCCAAAUAUGCAACAGCGACUGUCACCGUGCCUGAGAGCAACAGGAGAAACCUGGCAAUCCAAGUGCAGCUGCACCGAUCAGGCAAACCCUAUAUUUACAGGAGCCCUGAGGACAAAGCCAGGAGAGUAGGACAGAGUGUGUCACUCUGCUGCGAUGCCCAAGGGAGCCCAGCCCCUGACCGCUACCUCUGGUACCACAAUGGCUCACUGCUGGAUCCCUCCUUGUACAAAUACAAAAACAACCUGAUUCUGAAGAACCUGAACAGAGAGCAGUCAGGAGAGUAUUUCUGCAAGGCCAGCAGUGCCGGGGGGUCGGCGAAGUCCCAAGUUGCCAAGCUGGCUGUCAUAGGAAGACAAGAGGCACCCUGUGACCCCCAACCCCAAAGCCACCUCAUCCGACUUCCUCACGAUUGCUUCCAAAAAGCAACAAACUCCUUCUACUACGAUGUGGGAAAGUGCCCAGCGAAGACCUGUGUGGGGAAGCUGGAUAAGGGACUUCGGUGUAAGGACAAUGUCUCCUACUGCUGUGGGGUAUCCAAGAUGGAAACYAGGGACAUCUCCUGCGAUGGCUACACGCUCCCCACUAAAGUCAUCAUCGAAUGUGGCUGCAAAAAAUGCACCGAGACUAAAAUAAUGGUCCGAGGCAGAGCCACAGCAGCAGAUAAUGGUGAGCCACUGAGGUUUGGCCAUAUCUACAUGGGGAACAAGAGAGUGAGUAUGACUGGCUACAAGGGAACCUUCUCCAUCCAUGUCCCAGCAGACAUGGAGAGACUGGUUUUAACUUUUGUGGAUCGGCUGCAGAAGUUUGUGAACACAACAAAAGUUUUGCCCUUCAAGGAAAAUGGAGGCGCUGUAUUUCAUGAAAUCAAGCUACUAAGAAAGAAAGCCCCUGUUACACUGGAAUCCACCGAAACCAAUGUGAUUUCUUUGGGGGAAAUGGAAGAGGAUGAUCCAAUUGCCGAAUUAGAAAUUCCUCCCAACGCAUUUUAUAGGAAAAAUGGAGAGGUCUACAGYGGCAAAGUGAAAGCCAGCGUGACAUUUCUGGACCCAAGAAACAUCUCCACAGCCCCUGUGACACAAAGUGACCUGAACUUUGUAGAUGAGGAAGGAGAUGUAUUUCCUCUCCGCACGUAUGGCAUGUUUUCUGUUGACUUCACGAAUGAACAGGGCACUGAAUCCCUCAAUGCAGACAAGGUGAAGGUUCAUUUGGAUGCUGCUCAGGUCAAGAUGCCAGAUCACCUGCAAGARAUGAAGCUUUGGUCCCUGAACCCAGAGACAGGGUUAUGGGAGGAAGAAGGGGAUUUCAACAUUGAGAAAAGCACACGGCGCAAAAGGGAAGAGAGAACUUUUUUGGUUGGGAACAUGGAGAUCAAAGAGAGGCGUCUUUUUAACCUGGAUGUCCCUGAGAGCAGACGGUGCUACGUCAAAGUCCGAGCCUACAGGAGCGAGAGAUUUCUGCAAAGCGAGCAGAUCCAAGGGGUUGUGAUUUCUAUUAUAAACAUGGAGCCAGAACCGGGAUUCUCCUCCAACCCCAGAGCAUGGGGACGUUUUGACAGUGUAGUCACUGGUCCCAACGGUGCCUGUGUGCCCGCCUUCUGUGACGAGCAAAAUCCUGAGGCCUAUGGAGCUUAUAUCUUGGCAAGCAUGGGGGGUGAAGAGCUCGAAGCUGUGCCCUCUGCUCCCAAACUCAACCCUGCUGCUAUUGGGGUCCCACAGCCAUACCUCAACAAGCUCAACUACAGGAGGACAGACCAUGAGGACCCCAACAUUAAGAAAACAGCAUUCAGCAUUAAUAUGGCCAAGCCAAGCCCUAAUUCCCCAGAAGAAAACAAUGGCCCUAUUUAUGCCUAUGAAAAUCUCAGUGAAUGUGAGGAAGCUCCACACAGUGCUGCUCACUUCAGGUUUUACAGGAUAGAAGGAGACCGGUAUGACUACAACACUGUUCCCUUCAGUGAAGAUGACCUCAUGAGCUGGACCGAUGACUACCUAGCAUGGUGGCCCAAGCCCAUGGAAUUUAGGGCCUGCUACAUUAAAGUAAAAAUAAAUGGACCCCAAGAGGUGAAUGUGAGAUCUCGUAACAUGGGUGGGACACACCCACGCACUAUUGGCAGACUCUAUGGAAUCCGGGAUGUGCGCAGCAUCCGUGACCCCCAGCAGCGGGACGUGUCAGCAGCCUGCCUGGAGUUCAAGUGCAGUGGAAUGCUCUUUGACCAGGACCGUGUGGAUCGCACGCUUGUCAAAGUGGUCCCACAAGGCAACUGCCGUCGAGUGAGUGUCAACAGCAUGCUCCAUGAGUACCUGGUGAACCACCUCCCCAUGGCUACCAACAACGACACCAGUGAGUACACAAUGCUGGCACCUCUUGACCCGCUGGGACACAACUAUGGCAUCUACACCGUCACUGACCAAGACCCAAGGAUCGCCAAGGAAAUCGCCCUGGGCAGGUGUUUUGAUGGCACAUCKGAUGGAACCUCUAGAAUCAUGAAGAGUGAUGUCGGCGUUGGGUUGACUUUCACCUGUUCUGAGAGGAGUGCAACAGAGCAAAGCAUCUUCCAGUCUCAGAGGAACUUGGGCCAGCAGUCUCCGAGGAACUCAGGCCAGCAGUCCAUCCUGGUUCUGCCAGGGCAGAGCCCUGCAUACCGGAAGCCACCAGCAAGCCGCCGAAACAACCAAGCCAGAAUGCCGAUGAGAGGUCAACGUCCCACAUACUAGAGCUGUAUAGGAGCAUCGGUAAAGUCAUUCAUGCUCAAUUAAAUAUAAUUUGGAUCGAUCUGCUA